AGCUCAGCGCCUGCAUCCAAGUCCCAAACUCGAGAUCGCCCCCAUGGUUCCUCCUGUAUCCGAUCCUAGUGGUGCCUUUCAGUCCAGGAGCGUCCCCGACAGGCGCGUAGUUGGUCCUCGCUUACCCACAACUUGGAACUAUGGUGCCGUCGAACGCGCAUUGCGUGAAGCUUCUGGUCGUGGCGAGCGUUGCAUAUUCGAGCCUACUGAGGGGUUCGUAUUUGAGUCUGCUGAAGAAGCGUACGAGUUCUACAACAUGUUUUCCUGGGAGCAGGGCUUCGGGAUAUGGUACGGACGAAGUCGAUGCGGCAAGUCUGGCCGCAAAACAAGACAGGACAUCGUAUGCGCUUGCGAGGGUCGGGACUCUAGCGAUUGUUCACGUACCGCUCGUACUGGGUGCUUGUCGCGCUUGACCUUGUUGCGCGCGGAUGAUGAUUCUUGGGCUGUUCUUCUCACCGAAGAGACCAUAGAAGCUUUCCGUUGGUGCUUCAGGGUUUUUGCUCACUCUAUGGGUGGGAAGAAACCUGUUACUGUGCUUACAGAUCAAUGCCAUCAGAUGAGGGUUGCCAUUGAGCAAGAGUACCCCGACACCCGGCACCACUGGUGCAAGUGGCACGUCCUUAAGAAGGCCAAGGAGUCUUUGGGCCCUGUGUACACCAAGGAUAAUGCAUUCAAGGCUCAGCUCCAUCGCCUGCUCGAUGAGAUUGUUUCUGUUGAAGAGUUUGAGAUGCGUUGGGCUGAACUUAUAUCCUCUUAUUCCUUGACUGAUAAUGAGUUCCUCCAGCGAGCUUAUGAUAAUAGGGAAAUGUGGGCAAAGCCAUACUUCACCGAGACUUUUUGUGCUGGGAUGACUAGCACACAGCGUAGCGAAAGCGCUAACCAUGUUCUGAAGACGUAUAUUGCUCCUUCGUCCCCAAUGCACCACUUUGUUUCGCAGUACAAUAGGCUCAUCGCGGACCGUGUCGCCGACGAGGCAAAAGAAUCACAUGCGACUAAGCAGACCUUGCGCCACCUGAACGUUGGUGUCCCCCUAGAAAGGCAUGCUGCUAAGAUAUACACUCGUGCCCUUUUUUCCCGGUUUGAUCGGGAGCUAUACCGGGCUGGCUCGUUUGUGUGUCGUCGUGACGAUGAGAAGAAUGGCAUAUUUUCUGCUGUUCUCCUUAGUCGUCCAGGUUAUGCAGAUGGUGGGACAACAGAAUUCCAGGUCACUCGUAGUGAAUCUGGUGAAACUUAUUUUUGCGCAUGCAAGAUGUUUGAGCAUUCAGGCAUGCCUUGUCGUCACAUCCUCGCUGUUCUUGUUGGCCUUGUAGUCGUUCAACUCCCAUCUGGUUUGGUGCUGAAGAGGUGGACCAGGGAAGCUCGAGACGGCAUACCCAUCGGGUCUGAUGCUUAUGUUCAGGCCCACGGUGAUUCGUCAGACAAAGCUGCUAUGCAUUGCUUUAUAUAUGCUUCUGCCAUGGAGUUGGUUGCCAUCGCCACCAAAUCUCGUCCAGCUUUUGAGCUUGCAGUCGAUUAUGUUAAUCGUGCAGCGAUGACUGUUGUACCUUCAACCAUUGCUGAUCAGGACGCACAUGACGAUGCUCCAGCUCUGGAAGCAUCUCCUGAUCUCGUGGAUCGUCAGCGCGCAAGUGCACCAGCUGCGGCUGCACCGGACACAACAGGAGUACGUGUGGGCGUAAGUCAUCCUACGGCCGGGUUCACCCUUGAAAUGGUGCCCUGCGUGGCCUAUCACCGCCCCACCCCCCGGCGCACGUUUUAGACUGGCAGUUGUCGUAAUCUCUUUUUUAUAAGUUGAUCAGUUGUUGUUGUGCUUCCUAUCAGUUUGUCGAUGUACUUUCCUCUAGGGCGAGUGGGUGUUUUAAUAAAAUAAAGUUAAGCUUGUAUUGGUAUGUUGCCUA